AGACAGGACCUUGUGGGCUUCGCAGCUCAGUCCUGCAACCCCAUCCCGGGUGACAGGGGCGGGCUAAGAUAACCGGACCUCAGCGGGGAGGGGAGGGGUGGAUGGGUCGGAGCCCAGCACAGGCCCGGGUCGCGGCUCAGCAGGAUCCGCCCACUCUUCCCGAACUUCGUCCCUCCACAGGGGAGUCGCAGUCCCACGGGGCGGCGGUAGCUGGUGGCGGGGAGCCUUGGACCGCGUUGCGGCGGCCACCCGGGGAGCUGCGGCCCACUGGGCCUUAAGAGCAUCACGUCAUCCUUUCCGCCCGGUCCCGCCCCCUCCCCGACGGCGCGUGCGCAGGCGCGGCGGGGGCUCCCGGGCGCUUUCUGCCCGCUCCAGGCUCGCUCGGGCCGUGGCGCUCUCAGUCGGCGGCGCGAAGGGACGGCGUCCAGGAUGCGGCGCGGGGCGGCCCGGUGCCCCCCUGCCCCGUCACGGCCGCGGCGGCCGCAGGGACCGGGCCAGGGGCGGGGGCGACGGCCCGAACCGCGGUAGCGGCGGCGGCGGCGGCAGCAGCGGCGGCGGCAGCGGUGAGAGGGGCAGCUGAGGCGGGCGGGCGCCCGAGUGCGGGGGCUCCGCGCCGCUCCGCACGGCCCGGCCCGGCCCCGGCGCCAUGAGCGGCGGCGGCGGCGGCGGCGGCGGCGGAGGGGGCUCUGCGCCCAGUCGCUUCGCCGACUACUUCGUCAUCUGCGGACUGGACACCGAGACCGGGCUGGAGCCGGACGAGCUGUCGGCAUUAUGCCAGUACAUUCAGGCUUCUAAAGCCAGGGAUGGUGCCAGACCUUUCAUUUCGAGUACGACUGAAGGAGAAAAUUUUGAGCAGACACCAUUGAGACGCACAUUCAAGUCUAAAGUCCUUGCCCGAUAUCCUGAGAAUGUAGAAUGGAAUCCAUUUGACCAAGAUGCAGUGGGAAUGCUGUGCAUGCCCAAAGGGUUGGCAUUCAAGACCCAGGCUGAUCCUAGGGAGCCCCAGUUCCAUGCCUUUAUUAUCACAAGGGAGGAUGGCUCUCGGACAUUCGGGUUUGCCCUCACAUUUUAUGAAGAGGUGACUAGCAAGCAGAUCUGCAGUGCAAUGCAGACCCUCUACCACAUGCACAAUGCUGAAUAUGAUGUCCUUCAUGCUCCCUUUACUGAUGGCCAGGACCAGAGUGGCAUGGAAGAUGAUGAAGGCACUCCUGGGACCAAGCUGCAGCGAUUCAACUCGUAUGACAUUAGCCGGGACACACUCUACGUCUCUAAGUGCAUCUGCCUCAUCACACCUAUGUCCUUUAUGAAGGCUUGUCGGAAUGUGUUGGAGCAGCUCCACCAGGCUGUCACUUCACCUCAGCCCCCACCUCUACCCCUUGAGAGCUACAUAUACAACGUACUUUAUGAGGUGCCACUUCCACCGCCUGGUCGGUCUUUGAAGUUUUCUGGGGUCUAUGGGCCGAUAAUCUGCCAGAGACCAAGUACCAAUGAGCUUCCGCUAUUUGACUUCCCUGUCAGAGAGGUCUUUGAACUGCUUGGCGUGGAGAAUGUAUUUCAGCUUUUCACUUGUGCCCUUCUGGAAUUUCAAAUUUUGCUCUACUCACAACAUUACCAGAGACUGAUGACUGUGGCGGAAACAAUUACAGCGCUCAUGUUUCCUUUUCAGUGGCAGCAUGUCUAUGUCCCUAUUCUCCCAGCUUCUCUCCUGCAUUUCUUAGAUGCGCCUGUUCCCUACCUGAUGGGCUUGCACUCCAAUGGAUUGGAUGACCGAUCAAAGCUGGAGCUGCCUCAAGAGGCUAACCUCUGCUUUGUAGAUGUUGACAACCACUUCGUUGAGCUGCCAGAGGAUCUGCCUCAAUUUCCCAACAAAUUGGAAUUUGUCCAGGAAGUCUCUGAGAUUCUCAUGGCAUUUGGCAUUCCCCCUGAAGGCAACCUUCAUUGCAGCGAGAGUGCUUCCAAGCUGAAGAGGCUCCGCGCUUCUGAGCUCGUCUCUGACAAGAGGAAUGGGAACAUUGCCGGCUCUCCUUUACAUUCCUAUGAGCUCCUCAAGGAGAAUGAAACUAUUGCCCGGCUCCAAGCCUUAGUCAAGAGGACUGGGGUGAGCUUGGAAAAGUUGGAAGUGCGUGAAGACCCCAGUAACAAUAAGGAUCUCAAAGUUCAGUGUGAUGAAGAAGAACUGAGGGUUUACCAGCUAAACAUUCAGAUCCGGGAGGUUUUUGCAAAUCGUUUUACUCAGAUGUUUGCAGAUUAUGAAGUGUUUGUCAUUCAGCCUAGCCAGGAUAAGGAAUCCUGGUUCACCAACAGGGAGCAGAUGCAAAACUUUGAUAAAGCAUCUUUUCUGUCAGAUCAGCCUGAGCCCUACCUACCCUUCCUCUCAAGAUUCUUGGAGACUCAGAUGUUUGCUUCUUUCAUUGAUAACAAAAUCAUGUGCCACGACGAUGAUGACAAAGACCCUGUGCUCCGGGUAUUUGAUUCCCGAGUAGACAAGAUCAGACUUUUGAAUGUUCGAACACCCACUCUCCGCACCUCCAUGUACCAGAAGUGUACCACUGUAGAUGAAGCAGAGAAAGCAAUUGAGCUGCGCCUGGCAAAAAUCGACCAUACUGCAGUUCACCCACAUUUACUUGACAUGAAGAUCGGACAAGGGAAGUAUGAGCCAGGCUUUUUCCCUAAGCUCCAGUCUGAUGUACUUUCUACUGGGCCAGCCAGCAACAAGUGGACAAAAAGGAAUGCCCCUGCCCAGUGGAGGCGGAAAGACCGGCAGAAGCAACAUACAGAACACCUGCGUUUAGAUAAUGACCAGAGAGAGAAGUACAUCCAGGAAGCCAGGAAUAUGGGCAGCACCAUCCGCCAGCCCAAACUAUCCAACCUUUCUCCAUCAGUCAUUGCUCAGACCAACUGGAAGUUUGUAGAGGGUCUGCUGAAGGAGUGCCGCAACAAGACCAAGAGGAUGCUGGUGGAGAAGAUGGGCCGUGAGGCUGUGGAGUUAGGGCACGGGGAAGUGAACAUCACUGGUGUGGAAGAGAACACCUUGAUCGCCAGCCUCUGUGACCUCCUAGAAAGGAUAUGGAGUCACGGGCUUCAGGUGAAGCAGGGGAAGUCAGCUUUGUGGUCUCACCUGUUACAUUAUCAAGAAAACAGGCAGCGAAAACUUGCAUCAGGAAGCCUCAGUAGCUCGGGAAUACUUCUUGAUUCAGAACGGAGGAAGUCUGAUGCCAGCUCAGUCAUGUCUCCCCUGAGGAUCUCUUUGAUUCAGGAUAUGAGGCACAUCCAAAACAUUGGGGAAAUCAAGACUGACGUGGGGAAGGCCAGAGCAUGGGUGCGAUUGUCCAUGGAGAAAAAGUUACUUUCCAGACACUUGAAGCAGCUUCUCUCAGAGCAUGAGCUCUCCAAAAAGUUGUACAAGCGCUAUGCCUUCCUACGCUGUGAUGACGAGAAGGAGCAAUUCCUCUAUCACUUGCUCUCUUUUAAUGCUGUCGAUUACUUCUGCUUUACCAAUGUCUUCACGACGAUCUUGAUCCCAUACCACAUUCUCAUCGUACCAAGCAAGAAGCUGGGGGGCUCCAUGUUCACAGCCAACCCAUGGAUCUGUAUCGCAGGAGAGCUGGGUGAAACACAGAUCCUGCAGAUUCCCAGGAAUGUGCUAGAGAUGACCUUUGAGUGCCAGAAUUUGGGAAAACUUACUACUGUUCAGAUUGGCCAUGACAACUCUGGGCUGUAUGCCAAAUGGCUUGUGGAGUAUGUAAUGGUCAGGAAUGAGAUCACAGGACAUGCUUAUAAGUUCCCAUGUGGCCGGUGGUUGGGAAAAGGCAUGGAUGAUGGAAGCCUGGAGCGGGUCCUGGUUGGGGAGCUGCUCACAUCCCUGCCUGAGGUGGAUGAGAGGCCAUGCCGGACCCCACCACUGCAGCAGUCCCCUAGCGUCAUCCGGAGGCUCGUUACCAUCUCUCCUAACAACAAGCCCAAGCUGAACACUGGGCAGAUCCAGGAGUCCAUUGGGGAGGCAGUCAAUGGCAUUGUGAAACACUUCCAUAAGCCUGAAAAAGAGCGAGGCAGUCUGACACUGUUGCUUUGUGGAGAAUGUGGGCUUGUCUCAGCCCUGGAACAGGCUUUCCAGCAUGGAUUUAAAUCACCCCGGCUCUUCAAAAAUGUCUUCAUUUGGGAUUUCCUGGAAAAAGCACAAACCUAUUAUGAGACAUUGGAGCAGAAUGAAGUAGUCCCUGAGGAAAACUGGCAUACAAGAGCCCGCAACUUCUGCCGCUUUGUCACUGCAAUUAACAACACUCCUCGGAACAUUGGCAAGGACGGCAAGUUUCAGAUGCUGGUGUGCUUGGGAGCCAGGUACUGCAGCCCCGGGGGCCCAGAGGACACGGCAGCCAGGCUUAGAGAGAUCACCUGCUGCACCACUGGAUCGCCCUGCUGGCCGACUGCCCCAUCACCGCACACAUGUAUGAGGAUAUGGCGCUCAUCAAAGACCACACACUGGUCAACUCCUUGAUCCGUGUCCUGCAGACACUGCAGGAAUUCAACAUCACGCUGGAGACAUCCCUUGUCAAGGGCAUUGACAUCUGACCUCACAGCACCAGCCGGCAGCCAGACCCAAAAGACUCUCCCUCAGCUUGGCCCUUCUCCCCAGAGGGAUGCACGCAAGCUGUGCAGGGGAUGGAGAGGAGAUGUACACUCACUGUAAAAAGAAAACUAGAGGAUUUUUGGAAAAAAAUAAUCUAUUUUAGAGUUUAUUUGCUGAUUUGCUUUUUACACACUUUCAUGUGAAAGAGUGAUAGGGAGAGGGAGCGAGGUUGGUGCCGCUUAUUUUGAAGCUGGCGCCCUCCCUCGCAUGGCCACACACCGGGAGCCUGCGGCCUCCUGGGCUGCGCCUGUGCGCAGGCCAUUCUGCUUCCUCGCCCUGACGUGUCGAUGAGGCCAUUCCACAUCGUUUUUAAACUAAUGUUUUCUAUAUUAACAUUAUUAUGGAUAUUUGGCUCUCAUGGGCCACAUACAGGUGUGCUGAGCGGGAAGCCCCAUGCUCCAAUCAAGGGAAUUUUAGUAGUGCCUCUAAGCGAGCACUGAGGAGUCAGCCCCAUGUCAUGUUUUUGGUUUUUGUUUUUUCAGUCAGUAUUAUUUGGGAACGAGACAUGCCGGGACACGUCAGUGCUGUCCCUCUGCAGAAGGGCUUGUUUCCUCGUGGCGCAUAGUUGCACACAAGUAAACAUAAGCAUGUUUUAACAGCUUUUCUUUUUCUUACAUUUUAUUUAUUUAACCCUCCAUUGUGUGUUUUAAGUAUUUCUUUUUCUUUUUUUCUUUUUUUCAAGAAAGGAAAAGCUUGUCACAGUCUAACCGGCUAUGUUAUUACUGUUAAAUUUAUGUUGUUUUGCAACUUAGAAACCAGCUACAGUAUGGCCCACUUAAUAAAACACCUGAAACAAG